AUGCUCGUAGUGAGGAAGGGGCCGGGCGCCCGACGCGUCCGGGGAAAGGCGAGCGGGCGGGGACGCGCGGCCGGGCUGGCGCUGCGGGAAGAAGUGCUCCUGGCGGCGCGCGGCGCGGGGCUCGGGGGCGGCCCGGCAGCAGCGACUUAUAGCGGCGGCCCGGGGGACGCGCCAGCGGGCGGGGCCACAGGCCUCCCCUUUGUGCGGCCGCCCCUCCCCGCCCCGCCCCCGCCGCCCCGCCCCGCCGCCCGCCCCUACGCCCGGUCCCGGAGGCCCUCCGAGCGCCCCUGGCUGGCGGCGGGCCCGGUGGGGCCCGGCGCUCGCGGCCGCCUCCUGGCCUCGGUUUUCUCCUCGGGCUUCGGGGGCACAGCCUCGCGCCCCGCCGACGCUGGGUGCCGGGAUUUACUCGGGGUUCGUCCCGCUAACUUGAGCCCGCGGUCCCCGCGACCGCCCCGUCUCGGGCCCUCCGUGGGGAGCCGCCCCCCACCCCCCGCGGGGUCCGGCCGGCUGGCGGCGCCCUUCGUGGACGCUUUUGCUCCACGGGAGCGUCCCGCAGGGCGCCCGCCCGCCAGGGACCCCCGGAGGCCGUCGGACGCACGUGCUGGGGGGAGCCGCGCGCACCGCACGCCCCCUGACUGCAAUGGAGUCGGUGUGCUGGCGUUUGUCACCCGGGUGGGCGAGGUCAGCACACUCCCCGAACACUUUUCACUCCUGCUGGAGACCGAUGGCAGCCGGCGCUUUGUCCGAGCGGCCGGUAGGGCGCUAAGCGGGAGGCCAGGAAGCGUGAAGCACCCUCAUCGAACUACAGGCGCUGCGGGGCCCCGGCCGCGGAGGCGCCACGACACCGCCCCGCGUCCCUCUGGAGGCCACAGCCGCGCGCAGUUUGCGGAUCCGCGCGGAAGCGGGGCCCUGGUCGGGGGCGAGCGGCGGGCGGGCGCGCGCACCGCGCAGCGGAACCUCCGCAGGGGCGGGGCCGGGGCGGGCCGCAGCCGGUGGUGGGGAGCGCGGGAAGGGGCGGGGCCUCCGGCGCGCAGCCUCAGUAGGUCUCCGGGAAUUUUCCACUCGGGCUCCGCGCGCUACCCGCCUCUGCGCAGUCCGCCUCUGCGCACCCGGGACCCACGUGACGGUGAUUCAGCGGGCACCGCCUCCCGAGCCCGGGCGCGGCGGGGGGAGCGGAGCGGGAAUGUGGUGGAGGGGGAGGCAGAGCAGCGGGGGUCAAGGCCCGGCUUCACCUCAGCCGCGUGCCGUGGGCGCGGGCGUCCGACCUGGGGUAGCGGGGAGCCGCGGGGCUGGGAGGAGGACUCGCGGCCGCGCGGGGUGUCCGGCUGCGAGGGCCCUGGGCGCGUGGCUCCGCCCGCGGCGGGGCGGGGGGCGGCGCGGCUGUGGGGCGCCCCGGGCGGAGCGACGUUUGCCCCGCGAGCCUGGCAGUCCCAGUGCCUGUCCCGCCAGGUCCCCAGCCCCAGAGGGAGUCGGAGGCGGCCGGGUCUAGCGGCCCCCGGCGCGCCCCGUCCUCGCGGGCCGGGCCACGCGGACACUCCAGCGUCUGCCCGCGCGAGGGCCCCCGAGCGCGUCGCCCCGGCCGCCAGCCCGCUGCCGCCCCUUAGGCUCCUGGGAGUGGCGACCUCCCUGCCCCCAGGCCGCCGCACCGCGCGGGGCGCUGCCUCCUCUGCGGGGCCCCAGAACGGGGACGACGGCGGCUGUUCCCGGCGCGCCUGUUCGCUGGGGGGUGGGGGGUACUGCUGUCGCCCGUGCGCGGCGGGGCUGGGCCGGGACCCGGCCGGGGGCGAGCCCCUCGCUGCGGUCGCUGCGCUGCCGAAAUGGCCUGGGAACAGUUGACAUCUUGGAAUGUUUACAUUUCGGUGGGACCUUUUUUUCUUUCAUGUGUUUAGCCUCCUGAGAGUUUAUUUUGGAGAUAUGUCUAAAUUUAGUUUGGAUGGAAAACCACACACAAUUCAAAAAAACUCUUGUGAAGAAAUGCAUUCAUUCGAAGGCGGUGUGACAUUUUUCAUACGUGGAUUAUUGACAUACUUGACCCAGGAACUUAACUCGAGGAGAAAUGUUUGUCUCACAGGCCUCGGGCCCUCUGGAAAAGGACGCGGGGCUCUGCAGUUCGAUAGGCAGGUACAUACUGAUUGAAAUGUGCCCAAAAGUGACAGCGUUGAAAUGGCCGACGACAUAAUGCCAAAUGAAAAGGAAAUUUCCGGCAGAAAAGUGCUGGACAGACUGAAUAGGAACGCGGGUCGCUGUGCCCUUCUGCCUUUGGCGCCGCCUGGGGUUCCCGGCGCCGCUGGCUGCUUGCCCGCCCACACCGGGGCACGAGUUCCCCGAGGGCAGCUGUCUGUCCAGCAGUGUGUCCCCAGAGCUCAGCCAGUUCUUUGUCCUAAAGCCGGAGCUCAGCAGUACUGGGUAAAGGAUGAGUUCCGGUUGGCCUUGUUAGGCCGGUUGUUAGGAUGCACUGAGUUGGGAUUUAACAGAUUCUGUGCUGCAGUUUCCGUGGUCCUGAACUUUCAGAGCUGUGGAUCAGAAACCUUUCAUUUCCAUUCCCAUCUCCUGCCCUGGGUGAUUUCAUUCUUCACUGAAGUGAGUAGGAGCUCUGCUUUCUAGCCCACUCCUGGAAACAGGAGUCUGGGAACAGCUUCAUUUAUCAAACUUCUACCUAAUAGGGCCCACUGGAAGGAUGGCUGUGUGAAGGUACAGUCUGUUCAGCGUGCACCAAGGAGCAAGUUCUAUUUUGCUUCUGCUGAGUCUUGAAUGCCUGCCUGACAUUUGGAUCUCCUUUGGGACUGAUACAGAGGCUUCUGAAGGGGCAGUAUCUGGCUGGAAGGUGGAUCACAUCACUUGGACUUGAGUGAGGAACCGCACCGUGUUCUGGGUUUUGGGCGUGCGGAUUUGAUGUGUGGCAGCCCACGGCAGUUGUCUGGCCCCUCCAGGGGUGACGGAUUGAGAACAGUUACCUCUGCAUCUGUCUACCACCAGGGGGGCUUUGUCUUCUGACCAUUCUACUCCAGCCACACUAAGGUAAGGAUAUAUUUAAUUUUUAAGAAAAUUGAGUAUUAUAUUCUGAUUUUAAGUUAAUCAUUUCUGAAUGCAUCUCCCCUCCUCCCGUGAAGAAUGUGUACAAUGUAAAAGUGAAUCACUCUGUCAGUGAUUCUGACCACAUCCACUUUGGCUACUGCCGGGAUGUCCCUCUAGAUUUAAGGUGAACAAGGAUAAAUUAACUCAUGACAUGUCUUGAAAUAUUGGAUCCCAUAAAAUAAAAUCUUCAGUGAUGGGGACGUAUUAUCAUUUUAGAGCUUAUAAAGAUUUCAAAUACUGAAUGGGCAAAAAAGAAUCUAAAUGACUGGAGCUAUUAUCUUUUUUCAAAACCUUAGGGAAAAUAUCAUUUCAAAACCACAGGCUUUGAAUGUUACAACCUAUGUGGGAUAGAAGAAGUGAGCAGUGUCCAGCCUGCUUGUCACGGUUCUUGGCCCCACUAUGAGAGAAGAGGUUUGGGUUCAGGAAUUAUCUUAGAUCCACUAUUUUUCUGCCAUUGCUGUUAUCGCCUGAUGCAAACUAUGAACUGGGGUGUUAUUCAAAACUCAAAAUGUUGUCAGGGGAAAAUAACCUAUCAAACACAGGCACUCAAUAGGAUUCUAGAAUCCCCAAAAGUAUACAUUCCAGAAAAGUUGGAGAAGAUUCAGUCUUCGUACCACGGAGUUGCUGUCUUCCUGUAUCCUGCUGUUUGUGACCUUGCCUAUUUCCAUCAUGAUGAAAACCCAUGGUUCCAAUCGAUGACAUGUUUAGGAUUCUCUCGUCAUGUUUGGCCAUCUUAGUACCGCAGAGGUGGGAAGGACACUUUCAAUAUACAGGGCCUCCUGUCGAGUGAGUGAAAACUUGCGGCGAAGUCCGAGCGGCCCUGGCAGGAGGCUUUGUCCCAAGUCUGUCCCCUGUACAGGCUCUUACGGUGGGGUUCUGAGCUGUGUGCCCUAAACUUCAUGUAAGAGGGGAGACGGUGGAGCCCGAUGCCUUGGGCUGGUGACAGAGGGACUGCCGUUCCUGCUGCGAACACCAGUAACAAGGCACAGCAAAUGCCUGGCCCUGGGUCCCGAGCACAUGCCCUACAGGAGCCCAUUUAGUCUCCACAGCAGCAAUCCGUGCCCUCUCUCCCCUCCUUUUACAGACCGGGACGCUGAGGCCCAGAGAGGGCACACAUCCGACAGGCGGAGGGGCCGGGAUGGGGGCCAUGCUGACAGGCGAAUGACACGAGAGUGACAGUGAGGAGGAGAGGGGGGAGAGGCUGCUCCGUGUUUGAAGCCACUGCUCACAGAGGGGGAGAGGUGUCUGCCGCCCAGCCGGGUGUGGCCUCGCCUCCGGGGUGGGCAGCUGUGUGGGCCCCCCUGGACACGCUUCCCCAUGGCACACAUCCCAGCCCGUCAGGCUGGAAGGACGGCUGGGGACACGCACGGCUCCCCAUUUUGCGGAGGCGGCCCUGAGGGCUGCACGCACUUGAUUCUGGCUACAGGGGCACUUUUCCGGUCCCAGGAAAAGCUUUUUCAGGAAGGCAGCUAACUGGGCAGGCAUCUGGAGUCCAGUUUAUUUGCACCUUUCUUUACCUCCUGUCCCUGACAGGCAGGAAUGGCGAGGAUAAAUGUUAGGAUAAAGGAAGGAGGUCCUACAGGUUUUAUGGAGAAACAUGUGAGCAGGAAGGAGGUCUUCAGGCAGGAUGUGUUUAUAGCUCUGUGGGGUGCAUGGCUUGUGUUAAGGGCAGAAGCGCUCAGAAGCUGUGACGUUUAGAUUCCUUUAAUGUUCUUAGUAGGUGCCCGAGGGGAUUCAUUGUUUGGUCUCCAAGUUGGUGUGAUGAGAGAAAGUCGGAAAAUUCAGAAUAGUUUGUUCCUCACAGACAUUCUUCCUGGCCCCUCCUCAGGAGGGCCACUAACCUGGGCAUUCUUGGUUGUCCACAUUUUGGACUUGGAAUCACUGCUGUUACCUGGACCCUCAGUGGUGCAUGUUGCAGAGCUGGUGCCUUGCCCUCCUGCCAGCCUUUACCCCAGGCCCUCAGUCACUGUGCCCAGGAAAUCAUUCUCUUUCCCACCUCCUAAUUAUGUCUCUGGGUACUUUCUGGUAAGGGGGAUGUUUUUCUCUUGACAGGCAGUAUUAUAGUAUACGACUGUCCUUGUCAUUCUUUAUUGCUUUUAAUAACUACGAACUCUCUUACAAGAUGUCUAGAGCUUCAUCAACAUAUGUUGAUGGCACUAUCUUAUCAGUCCUGUGACAGUCAAGGUCACAGACAAUGUGCCACAGGAAGGAAGACAGUGAACACACUAUUAUAAAUAGAUAUGUAGCUUGAAAAUGACCCUUUCAGUCAUGGGGACGUUAGUUGGCAUUAGGAAGGAUGUGGUGAAAUGCAGUAACAAUUAGAUUUUACUCAGAGAAGUCUCCAGCUCAAUGACUAAUGCUAUGUAUAAUCUGAUUGGCACCUUAGCAUCUUAGAGGUUUAAACAUAUAUCGAAGUCAUUUUAUGACAGUGAAAAGUGAGUUAAAAAGUAAGGAUGGGGCAAAAGUGCGGUUUGGAUAGUCAAAGCUUGUGGAUGUGACAUCAUUUUAGCUUAGGAGCCCUAACUGAACAGUGUGCAGGCAACGUAGCUUACGUUUUGUCUUUCUGAACUUUCUAAAAACAUGAGCAUUGCAGGACCAUUUUAGGUAGUAAGCUGAAAUACUAGUACCGACCCCCAUUUCCCUGCCUCUUGAUCUCACAGUCACCCUCAGCAGGCACAUUUUAGCAGGGAAGCAUCUAAGAAGCACGUCUGUUCUGGUAUUUGGUACUGAGAAUUGUCCCUGAGGCACUGGCUUAGACUCGCAGGUGUGUUUCCGCUGAUGAUUUGUGCUGAACAGACCCGAAACUGCCAGCAUCUGGAGAGAAAGAGCAGCCAGAGCAGUGUCACCGUCAGAGCACCAGGAGGAGUGCCACGGCGUCAGCAGGCCAUGGAGGUCGGGGCCACACCUUCCGGCGCCCUGUGCGCACAGGGGCUACCACAGUGUGCGGGUGCGAGUCCAGGCAGCGAGCUCGGACUGGGGAAACGUAGCUGGUCCCUCUCAGAACUGCAGUCCCCUCGCCCGCAAAGGGUGGGCGUCACUGCCGCCUGGAGUGGCAUCGUCACUACUGCCUUGGUGUCUUCUUCUGGAGAGUAAGUAGAUGAGCGAUGUGUCUGGAGCACUCAGCCCGGCGCCUGUUUCGGGAGGUAGUCACCGGCCCCAUUGUGGUUCCCAUCUGUCCCAUGAGGAAGUGCCGGCUCAGAGAUCGCAAGGCUGGAGUUGGACAGGCGCGCUGGCCGCCCUAGGCCCUCCUGGUCGUCGGAGGCCCCUCCCUGCUGGUGAGGGGCGCUGCUGCGGGCGGGAGGGCCUGGCCCUGAGGCUCAGCCUGGGCUGGCUCUGGGGAGAGCUGCUGGUCCUGUGCAGCUGGGCCUCGGGCUGGCAGGCAGUCCUCUCUCUGCUGUUCUCCUGUCUUCACCCCGGGGUGUUACCCUCCUGACACGUCCCGGUUGUCCAGCUGGAAAAUGUGCUUACUGGGGCCAUUACCCAGGCCCAGUUUCUCUGGGCCCAAUUCCCUGGAUCACUGAAAAAGGGGAGCAGACACCCCAGCAGUCAGAAUCCCCCCUUACACAGCACAGCCUGGGCGCGUGGCUUCUCUGCGCCCCAGGUCUGUCUGUGCCUCUUCAUUUGCAGCAUCGGGCGGGGUGGCGGGGGGAUGAAGCGAAGCUCUGUUUUUGGGUAGGAGUCACUGCUGGUGGGAGCGAGACUUGCAAGUCGUCAUGCGGGCCUUCCACCUGUCUGGCCCCUAUCUGCUCAAGAGCAUGUGUUCAUACUGGGCAGCUUCCCACCUGCCUUGCAAACAAAGAUUUCAGGGGACAGAGGCUGUCUGAGGUUGAAGAUCUCUUUGUGUGACAUCCAGUAAGUCCAUGUUGCCCUCUUGUCUGUUUAAGCGCUUUCAGAAACAAAUCUCCUUAGAGGGACUUAUGGGGUUUAAUUGCUUUUCCCUCUGUGCUUCCAUCGCUGUGAUUCUCUCCUGUGUUAGUCCAGUUGUUUGUGUGUUCGUUUUCCUCCACUGGAACACAGGCCUCUCGCAUGCCAGGACUAGGCUUCCUUCUCUACGCUCCCACCCAGGACAGAGCACCGCUCGGUGAGCAUCAGAGCACGUGGAACUAGUGGUUCUCUGAGGACGAGUUUGGGCUAAACCUCACUGACCACUGACCUGACAGAUGAGUGGAAAGGAGACAGGAGCUGCUAGUCUUGGCUCCAGGAGGCAGAGAUGGUUUUCAUCAGGUGCCUGUGGCAGCUGCCAGUCGACACCAACAUAGGGUGUGGGAGGGUCAAAAGGGCAGAAAGAUGCAGAAGAAAGGAGAUAAAGGAGGCGGGCGAGGUAGCGUAUUUCCCAGGCUCUGUGUUGGGCUGGUGUGCUCUGCCAUUACCCCAGCUACAAACAAGUUCUGUUUUUGUGUGUGUGAAAAGGCUUAUCAAGAGUAUAGAUUUCCCUGGACUCUCACAUUGGAAGGAGGUGGGAGCUGAGACUGUUUAGGCAGUGGAGACGUGUCACUGUUUUCGGUGGCCAGGUCAAGAGUUAGGCCUUGGUGAGGAGCUGGAUGGUGGAUCGGAGCACCUUCCCGGGCUCAGCACGGCGACGGAGAGCAGGGUGGUCAUGCGGCGGCUCACACAUCCGCCGGGAGAACCACACACACUUUAUCCAGAGCCAGGUGGGUAGAUCUCCCGCACAGGCGACCGGGAAUCUCCCGCGACCUCGACAGGCCAGGCUCUUGGCCGAGCGCUGCUUGGAAAGAACUGGCUUUCCAUCCUCUGUUUUUGUAAACUUUCCUUCCAUCUUUCAUUCUCCUCUGGUGUCUUCCUGGACUAAUAGAGAGAACGGAAACUGUGGCUGCAAAGGAAUAAGCAACUUCCUGAGGGCAGGCAGCCUGCGCUCGCCCUGCGCCCUUUUUCUAGAGAGAAAAGGUCCUCAGGCUGCCUGGGCGUUCACGGUACUCUCAGCGAUCCUUUUACUUAAUUCACUCCUGUUUUUACCGAUCACUGUGCAGUGGGUCUCCCAAUCCUUACUGUGAACAGAGCGACCAUUGCAGAGAGGUCUGUGGAGCUGAGGUGUCCCCGGUUGAAAGCCACGUGCUUCCUCCCUAGGACAUCUCUGAAGAGAAAAGGAGACACCAGAGAAGGAAGGGGAAGCAAAUGGGCAAUAAGUGAAGUCAGUAGGAUGCCUUUGUGAACGUGAGAUGUGGUUGCAGUGGAUGGUUUGAUCGGAUGGAGGCGAAGACAUGCAGCAGAGAGCCCGGGUCGCUGCUGUUUCCCAGACGUGAAUCCAGUCCAGCCGGCCUGCUCUGCGCACAUGGUGACAGUCAGCGGUUCCCUUGCUGGCCUUUCAGAGUUGGCUGCAUCCCUGGGCCGCAGAACCAGGAGCGACAGGGCCUUCCCUCCUGCCCCCGGCGUGGGUUCCGUCUGUGGCACCUCCAGUCACUUCGUUUUCAGUUUGCUUGAAGUGUUUUAUUUACUCUAAGGACGGCGCUGCUGCCAGUGGCAGGUUCUGUUCCCUGUCACUGCAGAAAGCGCCCAGGCAGUAUUACAGGUGGAGGUGAAGCCAGGGGCUGGCACAGCGGUGGCGCUCAGCCCCAACACUGCCCCACUCGCACAUGCCUGUGCCUCCGCUCUCUGCCCAUGUGGCACAGAGCUGCUAUAAGCAAGGCUCUUUUAUCCAGACUCAGAGGGAGAGGCGGCCCUACGAUUUCAUUUCAGUGAUUUGGUUCUCACAUUUUUUCCAUCCUUCCAUGAAAUCUGUUAGCCACCUUGCUAAAGAGUAACACGAUAGGCACUAAAGAUCAGUGAGCUGGUCCCAAGCCUCAGCUCGAUUCACAUUUACUGCCUUUUCUUAUCAUGUUUCAUCACUGGGGUUAUAAAGAUGAGGAAACAUAGUUCCUGACCUCACCAAGCUCACAGGUCAGCCAACAGGCCAAGGAAGUGUGGGCUCAGGUGGGACACUGUCAAUGCCUCAUAAUAGUUUUAGAAGAAAUGAAUCGAGUGCUGGGUUUUUUGACAGUCUAACAAUCCAUUUCAGCAAGACAGAGACAGGAAGCUAAGUGGGUAGGUAGGAGGGAGGGGAGAUUACAUGCUGGUGCUGUGUUAGAAUUAGGUAAGUGGAAGGGACUUUUUCCCUUCAUUUUUUACAUUGAAAAAUUUCAGACUCACAGAGAAGUUGGAAAAACAGUACAGUGAGUACCCAUAUAUCCCAUAAUAGAUUUACCAAUUGUUACCAUUUUGUCAUGUGUAUUUUUGAGCUAUGAAAGUAAGCUGCACACCUCAUUACAUUUUACCCCUCCACUGUUUAAUAGGCAUGAUUCUUAAAAUAAACAGUCACUCCAUAAUGUUAUCUAAUAAGGAAUCCAUAUUCAAGUUUCCCUGGUGGACCCAAGUGUAUCUUCUGUAGAUUUUUCCUUUUGUCCAAUUCGUGGUUUGACAAGGGUUCACACUUUGCACAUAUCUCUUAGUCUCUGGAUUUAUAGUUUGUUUUGCUUUGUUUCACAGCAUUGAAUCUUUGCAGAAUUUAGGCUGGUUGUGCUGAAGAAUGUCCCAUAUAUUGGGUCUCUCUUAUUAUAUCUUCAUGAAUAGAUUUAUGUCAAGCACUUUAGGCAAUAGUCCCACAGAUAGAUGUCAUGGUACAACAGCUUUGAAUCUAGGGUUCAUGGACUUCUUUCUUGGGUUUUUGUAUAUAAAUUUUCAAAGAUUCUAUGAACCCCCAAAAGUUAAGAUUUGGGGUAGAGGAGUGAGUCAUUGCUAGUAGGGGGCUAAUAGGUUUUACAUUUAAGUCUUAAUGGACUCAAGUCUGAAAUCUUAAACCAUUAGAUGUUAUAUGCAUUUUUAAAUAUAGUAUUUUCUUUUCA